AUGGGAAAACUUACUACCUGCGACGAUGCAAAGGUAUAUUCUCUUUUUCUGAUCGUCUUGCAGAGAAACGGAUUUACCAUUUCUAAACAUGUGUGAGCAAAUGUAGAAGAAAUACUAGUCGUGAAAAAGAAAUUUCUCGUUUUGCAAAAGUUUGCUCCGUCGAUAUUUGAUAUUAUGCUUUAAUCUUGGUAAUGCGAACCUGACGUAAAUCGGACGUUUGGAGACAUUUCUAGUGAUCACUUUGAUAGCGUCUCAAGUGGUAACUAGAAAUGCCCCGACACGUCCGAUUCGCGUCCAGUUUUAGGUGCGAGUAUUUUUUCUAAAUUUCUUUUGGUGACUUCCGCCUCCUCGGGGGUAGGUAUCUGGAUUAGUGUUCUAAAAUUUGACCGUUCAACAAAUUAGACCGUUCGACUGAUUUGACCGGUCAGUUUUCAAACCGUUCGUUUGACCGACCAGUUUCUGAUAUUUACGAAAACGACCGGCCGUUUCGGAAGUGACAUUUUCAACGGUCAAAAAAAGACCAACCUAUUCAAGAGUGACAUUUCGAACAGUCAAAAAAUUUUGAUCCGGCCCGGCCAUUUUUUCUACAGGGCCUGCUAAGGCCGGGCCGGGCUUAGAAAAUGGCCGGGGGCCAAAAGGCUGGGUCGGCCCUCGCACAAGCCUGUUUACCAGUGAAUGGGUUUUGAAGGCCUUACUAGUGUCUUUCGUGACUUUUAAUCGGAUAGGCCCUUUUCAAGGCCUUUAUAAAACUCUUUUUCUGGCAAAAAAGUUUAAUUAGAUGUUCCUUUUGUUUUUUUUUUCAUUGUUUGCAGGGAAUUUUCAGAUAUUUGAGAUAACUUUUGUUCCAUCACUUUUCAGAGUAACUUGAAACUGGAUUGGGAUCCUCGCGAUUAUACUGUUUUUACUUGCCCCAACGAAUACUCUUUCGCUAUCCAAAAGGUUUGUAAAGCACUUGAACAAAAAACACGGAAAAUUUUUUUAUACAGAACGUGGACCCUAUCUCCGUAGACAUGGUUGCUCACAAUACCUCUUUCGACCCACGAAAGGAUGAAGUCGUUCACAAGUGCAUGGACACGGUUUUGCAAUAUGACGAGCUCGUUCCUAUUAGGUUUAGUCUUGCAAAUACCAUUUUUACUCACGCCUGUUUAAGGUGGCCGGUAGUAUUACGGUAGUUUGGAUAGGUUUUUCAGCAAUAAAACGAAAACUUGUGUAUUCUUUGUAACGUAACGUACCUUGUAACCUCUAGAAAUAGGUCCUUAACAAAUUCCAAAAAAAGAUAGAAAAUAAAAAAAAAUUUCCUGGCUGGUUAUCAAUUAAUUUUCUUUCCAAAAUCAAGUAUGUGAUUCUUGUCGUGGAACUUUAGGACCACAUGAUGCAGAUAAUUGAUCUUGAUCUAUUCCAAAAUUAUAGAGGUCAAUAGAGAUCUCAGAUUAGUGUGAAUUAUUGGUAAGGCCUUAUUCUCCAGAUACGACUAAAGAAGUUAAUCGAAAAGUGAAAAUAAGUUUGCACUUUCGCUUGAGAAUCUCUGGAAACUAGCAAAAACUAGCUUUUGGGACAUAUGGGUGAGAUUGAGAAAACAUCAAAUCGACUCAACUGAAUAUUAGGAAGCCAUCUUCGGAGCACUUUUGAAAGACAUCCUGGUAGAUAAAAACAAAAGGCAGGAUUUUGACCAACAACCAACUCAAAAAGUUAGCCUUUGGAAAAUUCGUUCCAUAUUCAGUGACACCCCUGUAUGUACUUUUCAGAGGCGAUCAUCGUCCCAACUGGGCAAAAUAUGGCGAGUACCUGUAUGUGCCUGUGCAGCGAUGGCUUCAUAACUUGGAGGUGUCUUUCUUUCUUUUUUCUUUCUUCUUGCCUGUAGCAAAAUAAUCGAGAAGUUAAGCAUGGUGCCGUCGUCAUGCUCUACCACCCCUGCGCUAAUCAAUAUGAAGUCAAUUCUCUACGUGAGAUCCUGACAUCGUGCCUCUACCGUCACGUCAUUACGCCUUACAACAAAUUAUCGCAUACUCGGGUUUUUUUUCUCAAAUUGAAUGUGUGAAGAAAAUAAUUUCGCAGCCCAUCGCUCUUGUUUCGUGGGGCGCGCGCAUCGAGAUGAACUAUGUUGACGAGGAACAAGUCGUGGCUUUUAUCAAGGUUUUUCAGAUAACUGCUAACAAGAAGUAUUUUUAGUUGGCAGUUUGGAUUUUUUACGGAUUCGCUCAAAAAAUCUCUAAAGCUUUAUAUAAGGAUUCAUCAAAGUCGAAACCCGGGCCAGCUUUUCCGAACUUUUCGUUUAUAUUUUUCGGUUUAUAAAUCAUCCAUCAACAUUUUUUUCCUUGUUCUUUGUGUUUUAAUCAUGAAUCAAAUAUCUAUUUUGAUAUAGGAACAUUCAAAAAAAAGAGAUUAUCGAGAGAAAAAAAGUCGGAAAAGAUUAGACUUCGCAGUCGGAAAGUUCCAUAGCGAUAUCAAAAAAUCGGAAAAUCGCCGUUCGAAAGUUCGGUGGUUUUUAUUUUAUACCAACUUUGAAAAAAAUAAUAUCUAAAAAAUCAAAAGUUUGCGCAAGUAGCCACUAUGUCGUCCUGCGCAACCUCUGAAGAGUGUUUGAACAAAUUUUUAGAAAAAAACCAAACCGCAAAGUAAAAUGACCUCCCUUGCAAGAAGAAAUAUUAGGAAAUCGUUUUGAGUCCAAUUUGAAUAAGCUGGGGCAACGACGUCUUUUUUCAAGACUUGAACAAUAAGAAACGACAGCAAGUUGCGAAAAAAUUUUCAACCUUCCGCCGCUGCGUUGAAAACUGUUUUGCUACGCGCGUAGGUUUAAACGCGGCACCAUUCCGAUUUAUUUAAGGACAGUGCUCGCGAAGAAGACGAAUUUUGCAGAAGUUUGCACGCCGAGCGCCAGAAGACAUUUCACGCAACGGUCUCUACGAUCAAUUUCUCGUCCGACCCGCGCAGAUUAUCAGCGACGAAAACGACAGCAACAUUUGUGUAGAUUAUCGAUUAGGCCACUAA